AGUUUUAGGGCCAGUUCACACUACAUGUGUUUCAGUUGUUUUCUGCAUCCAAAACGCACAGAAAGUAGGUUAUAUGGUUGUCAAUGUCACAGUUCACACCAGUGCUUGCAGUUCCAGUGCGUUCCGGUUGCAGAAAAAAAAGUAGAACAGGUUGCACUUUUUCUGCACAGAACUGUACUGGAACAUGGCAAAAUGCAUCAAAAACGCACCGGAACACACUAGAACUCAAAGCACUGAUGUGAACUAUGACAUUGACAUUGGCUCUUAAAUUGAAGAAAAAGAGAGGGGAAAAAUGAACUGGAAUGCAUAA